UCUGGUCAAGUUCCUCAAAUUCAAGUCACCAAAGCUGUACGACUUGCACAUCCAACAUUACCCCGCCUUCCCGAACUUGACGUUAUCUUGUCCAUCACCGGCAACACGAUCAAUCGACAAGCAAACAUGGCCGACACAGCAGCACCCAAGAUCACGCUCUACACCAACCACGCCUGCCCAUGGGCACAUCGAGCACACAUCGCUAUAAAAGAGCUGGGACUGCCAUAUGAGGAGGUCAUUAUCGAUUUGAACGUGCCGAGGGAGCAGUGGUACCUCGACCUCAACCCUCGCGGUCUCGUCCCCACCAUGGACUACAACGGCCAAAUCCUCACCGAAUCCGCCGUCGUCGCACAGUUCCUAGCGGACGCGCACCCCUCCCACCUCGUCCCCAAUACGGGUACCGUCGAGGGCGCCCUCAAGCGCGCACGCAUCAACUUCUUCGUCGAUACGUGGUUCUCCAAAGUCGGCGCAAUAUGGUAUCAGAUUGGGCUAAAGCCUGAAGAGGAACGCGAGAAGAUCGUCGAAGAGUUUGUGAAGAAUGUGGAGAAGGAGAUUGAGCCUUUGUUGGCGGACGCGAAGCCGUUUUUCGGGGGGAGUGAGACGGUUGGCAUGGCUGAGGCCCUCGUAGCACCUUUCAUCCUCCGCACCUACUCCUUCGCCAAACACGGCAUCAUACCUGAAUCGCUGAUAGAAAAACUCGAUGCUCUCCCCAACUUCAAAAACUGGGCCGCCGAAGUCAUCAAGCUGGAUAGUGUCACGUACGUUUGGGACGAGGAGAAGAUGAUCCCGUUCACCAAGGCGAGGUUCGAGAAGUUGAGGGCUACUGCGGCUGCGAAGUGA